CUAUGUAAUGAAAAUGUAUUAUCACAUUCGUCGUAUGAUUUGUUUAAAAAAUCUUAUAUGACGUGUCAAUAUCAUACGUAAUCACGUGACGGAACGUCAUUGAUUGCGAAUCGGCGAGACGUGACAUACGGAAACACACUGAGAAAUGGGUCCUACAAAAACGGAAAUUCAAACAAUUUUCAAGCGUCUAAAGUCAAUUCAAACAAACAAGUCAUGUUUUGAUUGUAAUAGCAACAAUCCAACAUGGGCUAGUGUAACAUAUGGAGUGUUUUUAUGUAUAGAUUGUUCAGCUGUUCACCGUUCUCUUGGUGUUCACUUGACAUUUAUCAGAUCUACACAAUUAGACACAACAUGGACUUGGCCACAGCUUCGUGCUAUGCAAGUUGCCGGCAAUGCUAAUGCAACUUCCUUCUUUAGACAACAUGGCUGUACAACAAAUGAUGCAAAUGCUAAAUACAAUAGUAGAGCAGCUCAGUUAUACAAAGAGAAAGUAAAACAGCAAGCAAGUGCUGCUAUGAGGAAGUAUGGAAAGAUGACUCUGCAUAUUGAAGAGAUUGCUCACAUGUACUCACCAGAGAAGAAAGAUGCAGACUUCUUCAAGGAACACACACAGUAUGAAGAGCAAGCAUCAUUAAGUCAAAGUAUAUCAAUCAGUAAACCAACUGCAAUUAAGAAUGGCAAUGCGCAAGGUCGUGGUGACCCUGAUGCUGCCCCUGAUGUUUCAGCCGCCUUAGCUACCUCACCAACGCUGGCUAAAGCUGAGCCUAGAAAAUCUACAAUUGGAACUCGUAAACCUAUGAGUGCAAAGAAAGGGCUCGGAGCAAAACGAGGCAUGGGAGCACAAAAAGUUAAGACAGAUUUCAAAGCAAUAGAAUCGCAGGCUAUGGCAGCAGAUAAGUUAAAGGAAGACUCAGCUAAACAGAAAGUUAAGACAAAAGAAGAAGAACAAGAACAAAUGGCAUCUAUGAGGUUAGCCUAUCAAGACAUGAGUCUACAAAUGAAGAAGCAGGAAGAGAAGAUGAAGAAUGUGGAUCCAAAUAAAGCCAAGCAAAUGGAACGGUUGGGCAUGGGAUAUGUAGGAGCAGGUAGAAGUGGUGUGUCUCAUUCUGCUAUGAGUGAUAUGCAAACAAUAGACCAGGUUAAUCCUGUCAAGACCAAAUCCAAGUUCAAGUCUUCCAACCGUGAUUUCUUUGACGAUUUUGACACUGGUUUCUCAAGCAAGAAUUCAUCAAGUUCCAGAGGAUAUUCCAGCAGGAGUAAUCGUAAUUAUCAGGAUGACGAUGAUGAGGAUGAUGAGGAAGCAGACAACAUGAAAGAGAGUGAAUGGGAAAUUAUAGAUAGAACUUCAGCAAAGCCAAAAUCUUAUGACAAAGUUAUUCCAAUUGAAACUGGGCAUAGUAAGACUAGUCGGAGCAGAAAAGAAUAUGUUCCCCCUUCUGAACCAGCAGAUACAAGCAGGUUUGCUAAUGCCAAGUCCAUUUCCUCGGAUCAGUAUUUUGGCAAUGAUAAAAUAGAUGAUAGCACAAAGGCGAAUAUUAACAGAUUUGAGGGAAGUGACAGUAUAUCAAGCGAUGAUUUCUUUCACGGUGGAUCAAGUAAUCGUCGAAGAGAUCCAGUUGGACCGGAUAUGGGAGCUGUUAAAGACAGCAUGAAAGAAGGAGUUACACAAGUUGCUGGAAAACUAUCCAAAAUGGCCAAUGGACUAAUGACCUCUAUUCAGGACAAGUACGGGUACUGAGAGCUGUCACACAGCGAGUGGGUGUAGUGUUUAUCAGUUCUACUUCUGUGGUGGAAUUUGGAUCGGAACUUGCCAAGUGCAUAUUUGUAUAAAAGAUAUUAUGUGAAUUGAAGGACAUACAUUGAUCAUAAUUCAGCAUUACAGUCAGUGAUCAUAUCAGUAUAAACUUAUUUAGAGCUACUGGAUGAAUGUGAUCGAUACCAAUGAGUUUGUGUACAGUGCCGGACAGUGUAAUCAAACCAAUGCGUUUUUACAGUGUUACUGGAUAAUGUGGUCAGAUGUAUGCCAUUUUGUACAAUGUCAUUUAAAUACGGAUAUGGUCAUACAACACAGUAGCAUUGUUUAAUAUGAUUAAAGCUGGUCAGUGGCUGCGUCGUUCAACAGUCAUACAACAUUCGAAUGACAAAUCCAACUUAGGUCCCUGUGAGCGUUAGACGACGAAACAGUCUGUUUAUUUCAGUGGCAGUUUAAAUGGAUUGUCAUUAAAAAUGAUCUGUUUCAUUCGCUAGAUGAUAUGCACACAAUACUGAGUACAAUGAUGUUACAAACUCAUUUAUAUAUUGUCACUAGAUUAUAUUCAAACCAGUGGGUUUAUAUGGAUAAUGUGAUCAAAUCACUUAUACCUUGUCACUAGAUAUGUUCAAACCAGUGAGUUUGUGCAGUGUCACUGGAUAAUGUGAUCAAAUCAUUUAUAUAUUGUCACUAGAUUGUGAUCAAACCAGUGAGUUUAUAUAGUGUCACUGAAUAAUUUGAUUAAAUCACUUAUACAUUGGAUAAUGUGAUCAAAUCAUUAUCUACAUGAUGUGAUCAAAUCAUUUAUACAGUGUUACUAGAUAUCUUCAAACCAGUGAGUUGUGCAAUGUCACAAUUUACAUACAUUGUAUACAGCAAACAAUAGAUUUCUUUGCUUGGAAUAGUCUAUCAAAUAAUAUAUUAAAAAGUAAAUGCCAUUGUCAAAGUAUAAUAAUUUUAUUUGAAACAUUUAAAUUUAAGGUGAUGUUUUUCAAAAUGUUAGAAGUCACAUUUUAUUAUUUUUUUAAUUAUUUAUUUUCAAAACUAUAUUUUAUAUGGAAAAAGCCUUCCAUUUCAGUUAACAUCCGUCAAAAUCAGAAAUUUUUCUCUACAGUUUAAAAAAACUCCACUCACCAAACCUCAUAAGACAGUUUAUGGAACAUCCAUUCUAAAAGUCACUGCUGAAGAUGAUUAUAAUAGAAUAUGUUUAAUAAAUACUUCCACCUAUUUAUAAGAUAAAAUUGAAAAUUAAAAAAAAAUAUUGAGUUUCUUUAUUUGUAUUUGAAUAAAUUAUUAGCUUUUAACUUGGAAAUGUAGAAUUAAAUAAAUCCAUCACUAAUUAUUUCUUCCACCAAACAAAACUUAGGUCAAUUUCUGAUACUAAUGCAUUCAAGACCCUCCUUAAAACUUAUCUCUUUAUUAUCAAUACAGGUACCGGUAAUUCUUAUAUCUUUAAGCACCAGUGACAAAUUAUAUUUUUCUUACAGGCACUGUACAAUUUCUCCAAUUUAUUAUUAUUAAUAUUGAUUAGCAGCAUUUCAGUGGUCUGCAUAUACCCUAAAUUUGCUGGCAGAAAAUUUGCAGAUUUGUGUACUAAACAGAAUUUUUGAUUUGUGACUUAAAAGUUAAUAAUGUAUCAAUAACAUAAAAUUUGAAAAUCUGUUAAUAGAAUAAUAUAAAGAUGUUUAUUAAUAUUCAUAAUGAAAAUAAUAGUCAUGUAACUCUAUUUUUCUUGCAAAUACACUUUGAUUUUUUUUAUUUCAUCAAUUACAAAAAAAUAUAUUGCUUUUUUAUUAAUUUAUUAUUUAUUUUAAAUCAGUUGCUAGCCAUGUGUUUGUUAAAGAGAAUGUAUUAUACAUGACACAGCAUUUCAGUAGCAAUAUUGUAUGGAGAAAUGUACAAUUAUGAACUUAAUUGUGAUUAAGAAUUUGGAAUGCUGACAUUUUCAGUAUAUUCACCAGGAAUAGCUUUUGGACACUGCCACUUUUCAUAAUUUACUUUAUUCUCACAGGAAACAACAUUUCUAAACAUCAAUUUAUAGAAAUAAAAUUAGAGAUAUUUGAGUAUGAUGUUAAUUUGGCAGAUAUUAAAACAAAAUUUCACUUAUGGUGUAAUGUAAUCCAUAGUUUUUAUAUUCUAUUUUAUUUAUUUUUUAUUUUAGUGUAUUAUAUAUAUUUUGAAUUCAUAGAAAUUAUUUUUUAAAUUGAUUUGAUGAUAUUUUAGGCAUAUAUUGCACUUAUUUAAUUAUUGUUGGCUAGCAGUAAUUAAUUUAGACCAUUCAUGUUUUUUCAACCAAAAAAAGUAUUUGAUUGUUGAUAUCCUAAGUUGGCAUGCUUCAGACAUUUCAUAUAAAAUAUAUCCCAGUCUUGUGGCAUAAAAUCCAUUAAUUAUUUUGCUUAAUUUAUCUCUUUCUUUAUUAAGGUAUUAUGGUUUUCUGUAUUAUGAUUAAAAAUUAUUGAAAUUGAAUAGAA